UCUACCUCGGUCGGAACACUUCACUAAACUUAGUUACCAAAUCAUAAUCACAGUAUAUAUCCUGAUGCUGAAUAUGACCAUCACACAAUAUCAAGAUCAAUAUUCAGACAAUACGAUCAUUCAAUCAUCAUUCUUCUUCUUCUCAAUAAAUUUGACAAUAAAAUUUUAAAAAGAAAAUCAUAUGGAAAUAAUAUUUCAACAAACAAAAAAUGAACAACAGUUGUUAUAAUAUUACAUUAAGUGAUUGUGUGCCUAACAGUGAAUUUCUUUUCUUUCAAGGAAAAAAGUAGUAAUGGUAAAGGCUUAAGUCAGCCCCAAGUAAAUUGUGUAUAAAGUGUGUUUGAAGUGAAACGUAUAUAUGCCUGUGUUUAUAUCGACCAAACAUGAAAAUGGUUGAUAAAAAAACAAUUUUUUCCUUUCAAAUUAGUAAAAUUUUUUCAAAAUAUAUUAGAAAAUUUGUUAAAUUAUUAAUGAAAAAAACACCAAUUCUUUUUCUCUAAAAAAAAGAAAAAUGGAAAAUUAUUUACAAAACAUGAUUGUUCUAAUUUUUCUGAUCUUGAAUAGUUUAUAUGGCUUCUCGGCCAUUGAGAAUGUCACGUGUUUAAAGAAAAACACGUUUCUGGAAACGAAGGGCAAUGCAGUAAUCUCUGUUUUCGUGGACGCUAAUUACGGGCCACAAUGCAAUGAUUCGUCAAUAAAAGGUCAUCAACAGGUUUCGACAGCUCUCAAAGUAAUUGAGACAUUAAAUAAAAAUUCAUUUGUACCAGGAAUGACAAUAGGUGUUAAUUUUUACGAUACCUGUGAGGACAAAAUGCACGUUUACAAGCAAAUUUUAACAAUAGGAGCGAAUUCCGAAUGCACAUUAGAAUACAAUAUGGGAAUAUUAAUAGCCGACAAUUAUAAAACAACAUUGGAGCCAUUUAAGCAAUAUGGUCUUUUGCCAAUAAUUAAUUACAAAAUGGAAAAUUUAACAAAUCCUCUAAUUGAUAUUUUGGUACAUUUUUUAACGACAAAAUAUGAGACUAUUGAUUUAGUGUUGGCAACAUCGCCCUAUGUUCUUGGACGAUUUUUAGAUGUCAGCAAGGACAAUGGACUGUGUGUCAAGAGUUACUUAGGUUUUAGUGAAAUGGGAAACAGUACAACAGAACGUGUCAUUGUUGCUCUCGGCGGUAAGGAGGAGAUUCAAUCAUGGAUUUCGCAGAGUGACAACGAGAGGAAUGGUGUUCGAGAAACAUGGAUCGUUUUACCAAUUGAUGAUUCCAUUUUGGAUGAUGUACUGCCGGAGGGAUCCUUUGUGAUAAAUACAGAAGCAUUUACAUCGAGUCAACAAGGAGCAUCUUCAUCUUCUCAUUUAGGAGGCACUACUAGCAAGUCACUAAUUCACUCACCUUACCUCUUGAGUAUCGGAAAGGCCAUUAUCGAGGUCGCCCACGUUCUCCAAAGGCUUCGUGAAGCAUCUUGUCCUCCUCCUCCUCCGUCGUCUACUUCUUCUUCAUCUUCUCAUGGAAACCAUUGCACAUUACCACGUUUUGACCCCAAUACACGAGAGGAUUUGAGUAAUACCGAAACUUACGAUAUUCUCCAAAUCCCACAUAAAUCACAAUAUCUCAAGUACAUCAUUCAACAGAACAUCAAUCACGAAUAUUUUCCAAUAGCAACAUACAGAAUUAAUUCAGAAUCGCAUAAAAUUCAACCACAAAAAAUAUUAACAAAAUUAACGAGAUUAUGCACAAAACAGGACUCUGUUAAUUGUCAAAAAUGUGCAAAUUUUCAAGAGAGAAGUGCUCAUGGUUUAGUUAAAAUUGGCAUCGAUGGAAGUAUUCUAAAAUCGGGUGUUUGGAUUCCGAUUUAUUUGACCAUAAUGGUCAGUGGGACGUUUGCUUGUAUUGUUAUUUUUCUCUUCAUUUUGUACCGUUAUUUUGUUGACGAAUCACUCGAUGGUAAUCCAUUCUUGACACUAAUAUUGAUACUCGGUACGAUAUUUAUGCUGCAGACGAUUUUACCAUUUUGUAUGGAUGACGAAUACAUGGGAGCUGUUCAUUUGAAUUCGAGAAAAAUUUUCAUCUCAACUUUAGCAUUUGGUUUGAUUUUCUCCAUUAUGUUGUCCAGGGCUUUUUUUCUUGCCUUCUCGGUUGGUGGAAUUUUCACUGUUCACAUCAAUGGUUAUCUUCAAAGUUUGAUGGUGUUUUUUAUGUUCGGUGUACAGGUGGUUAUUUCCACUAUGUACUUUGCUCUGGGUGCUAACGAUCCUUCGGAGGUUUUAAGAAGUCCCAGCUUCAUUGGACUUUUAGGUUACGAUAUAUUUCUUUUGGCAUGCCUCCUUAUUGUAAGUUGUUUUAUAACCCAAAUACAACGAAACUACAAUGAGGGUAAAUGCUUUUUUGCAACGGUAAUUGGUAUUCUCAUUGUGUGGACAAUUUGGGUGACUUGUUUCAUUCUAAUGGAUGCAUCCGUAAGGGAUAUUAUUGUCUGCUUUGGAAUUAUUGCAACUGCUUAUCUAAUUAUCAUUGGUAUUCUUAUACCAAGAACCUAUUACAUGGUGACACAUUCAUCGAGGGAUAAGAAUUUUGGACCAAGAUUCGAUCCUACUGAUCUUGGACCGGAUCCAAGAAUGAAUACUAUGGCUCGACAGGCAUUGGAUUUUCAGUCACGUCAUCCAUUUUACGAGUAUGUACGACCUAGUGUCGAUGGUAUAAGUAACGCGGGCAAUUUUCGAAUACCAAUGUAUCCUAAUUGUUAUGGCAGUGUCAGCCCUUAUCUCACACAACCCAUUCGUAAUAAUAGAAGUCCCACUGAGCAUCAAAGGACGCCAGGGUACAAUAACUAUGGUUUUCAUCCUGAAAUGCGUGAAGUGGAAAAUGCCUACGUUGUACCUCGUGUCUGCAUUGAAAAUACCGAGGGUCGCAGGAGUCCAUUCGAGCAGAGACUAAAUCUCGACGUGAAUUAUACAAACGACAGAAGGCAAAAUAUCGUUCUAGAAGAAAAAGAUUGCAUUGAAACGGAUGUUUAUGUUGAGGGACGUAUUAUUCCCAACAAGAAAGGACCAAACGAAAAUUAUCCAUUAAGAUGUACUAGUCCGAGAUUGAAUCAAACUGAGGCGACAAUUCGCGAGGAGGAGGAAAAUAAUAUUUCAAGAAUUACUCGAUUUUAAAAAAGUAAUUAUUUAAAUAAACGAAGAAAUAAAGAAUACAAAAGUAAAAAAUUUAUAAAAGUUAAAGAAAAUAUAAAGAAUACUUCUCAUCGACAUUUCACGAGAUCCGCAAAAGAUUAAAUAUAUCUCAUCAAA